AUGGUCAAAGGACUUUGGCUUAAUAGAGAGGAAACUAUGAGCUUGACAAUGAAAGGCCAUUUAGAUAUGGUAGUUUGUAAAGACUUGGAGGAGGGAGGAAGAUGGCAUCUUUGGAAGAGCCAUGACAGACCAUGCUUUUUCAAUAAAGCACAAUUAAGCUCUUCUAUUGAUGUCUAUCACCAACACUCACCGCCAAGCUUUGGCCAACACAGUAAACGCGAAUCAAAUUGGCUAUCUACUAACACACGACUCAACUUAUUCCGUGUGGGGAGUGAUGGCAAGACAAAUAAGGAGGACUACCUAACGACAGAGUGUGAGGUGCGAAAGGAAAAGCCUAAACAAAAUAGACAAAGAAAACCAAGUAACAGAGAAAGAAAAGGCAAAGUGCAUAUAAAAUCUACAACAAGAGUUGCCAACAUAGGAUGGAUUACGGAGUCCAUGAUGGACACUAAAAAUGACAAGAGUAAGAGACCCAUUUCACCAGACAGGACAUUAGUCGUGGAGGGUAUUUUUGCACUAAGUUUGUCUCAUGAAGAAAAGAAUGAAAAAAUAGAGAGUAUGGUUGAUGAAUUUGAAAAAUCACAAGCAAAUCAGAAUAUGCUAUGCAUUGUUGACUCUAUGGUUAGCUAG